AUGAAUACAUAUGUUCAGCAGUUGAAGCAGGAAUACGAAAAACGUCUUCGUGUGUCGGAACGAUCGUUGCAUGGUGAAAAAGAAAGACGACGACAGCUUGGUUUUCAUUGCAAACAACUUGAAGCACAGCUGCGAAAAAUUCAAAGAGAUAAUGAAAGUAUGGGAAAACAAUUGAAAAUCCUAAAGAAAUGCGCAUCAUGCUCACAUCUUGAUCAGCGGAGUAAAAGUUACAACGCUUUAAAUGAGCUAUUGCGUGGAUCUAUGACUGCUUUGGAACCAAAUGCCGUUGCACCAGUUAGUGCUCUGAGUCGUGAUGACGAAUUGAAAGCUGUAAAAAUUGCCAAUAACAAUCUUCAGCAAUGUGUCGAUAAAUUACAGAGUAUGCUGUUACAAAAAGGGCGUGAAGCUUUAGCUGCGGAGAAAUAUUAUAAUGAAGCAAUUUCGGAACGCGAACAACAAAUAUCUCGACUUCAGAAGGAGCUUCAAGAGCGAUGGAGAGGAGCUUCUAUACAAUCAGUUUAUUUGUUACAAGCUAACCAGCACAUAGCAACAAAGUUGAAAAUAUUGUUGAAGGUUGUUGUUGUUUUCGCUCAGGAUUUCGAUAUUGAAAAAGAAAGAACCGAAUUAUUGAAUCGAAUAAAUCGUUUAGAGAAAGAAAAUAAGGAAAAUUGUAAUGUUGUAUAUGAUGAGUCGCGAAGGCAACUGCUCCAGAAAUCUUUGAAACCGACGUUAAUCCAUAUUGUGGCUAUUGUCGAAGCCAAGAUGAAUGGAAAAGAAAUGAUUUUCACCGAUCGGAGUGAUUCGAAUUGGUUGAAGCAAAAAAUAGCGACUAGGGAAAAAUUUCAGCAGCUUUCGCUUGCUUUGGAAAUGGAAAAAGAGAGGAAUAAGGAGGUUGAAAAUGCACUAAAGAAUGAAAAUAAUAAUCUGUCGAGCAGUUAUCAAAAAUUACUUCAGAAAUAUGAAUCUCUGGAAACGGAAUUGGGUAAAAGACGAAUUGCUGAAGCGAGCACAAAAAACAAAAUAGACCAGAAUGGUCAUAUUGCUUGCAAAGUCGAUGUCCAUUUAAUAUCUCAGCUGAAAGACGAGCUUGAUAAAGCGGAUAAAAAAAUGGCAUAUCUUGGAAAAGAGUUGAGUCUUGCAAGGCGCACCAUCUAUGAAAAUGAGCAAUUUGCUGUCGCAGGUCCUCAACAAAUUGAGAUGCUCGAAAGGGAUAAAAGAGAAUUAACACAUGUAAUUGACAACCAAACAGAACGAUUAACUCGUUUUGAUGAUCAAUUAAGAGUGGUAAGUAGGGAAAAAGAAGCACUGCAACAAAAAUAUACCGAACUGGAAUGUGCUAAUAACUUAACUGUCCGAGAAAAGAUGGAACAGUCGAAAAUUAUUGAAAGGCAGCGCAAAGAAUUAUCUUGUUUGGAGGAAAAGCAGAUUGAGAAAAGCAAAACACACGAUGCGCAAAUUGAAGCAUAUCAACAGCUCGUCAAACAAAAGGAUGAUGAAUGUAAGGCACUAAUUGCUGAACUUUGUGCUGCUGGCAGUUGGAGAACUCCUCUUCAUGAUUCAAUUAAUGAAAGUGAUAAUCGCUGUGCUGCAGCUGAUGAAAAUCGUGAGCUAUUGAAGGAAGUGCGUGAGUUAAAUCACGAGAGACGAACGAUGCUUGAUAAAGUUACUCGCUUAGAAAGUGAACUUCAGUCAGUGAAAGAUCAAUUAAGGCUGAAAACAGAUGAGGUCGACAAGGAAGUUUUGUUGAAAAACUCGAUGCAUGAUGAUCUUGCUAAAGUACGAACCAUGUUGCUAGAAAAGGAAGCAAAAAUACUUGAUUUGAAUAAUGAGCUGAAAGUUGCCGAAGUAAAAGUAAUGAAGUUAGAAACAGAACUUGCCAAUUCAGCAGAUCGUUUGCAAGUAGAACAAAUAACUGGAAGCUCGCUAAAAAUAACUGUGGAAGAACUAGAAGAUUUAUUGCAAGAGAAAAGUGCGGAGCUUAUUACGGCUGCACAAGAACGACAACGAUAUACUAUUAAAAUACAGAAAAUGAAAGAAUCAAAAUAUGACUUAGAAACUAAACUCACCUUACAAGGACGAGAACUUAAAGAAGCACGAGAAAAACUAGCUGUUCUCACGAAGAAAAUACGGGAGCUCGAGCUCGAAGCUGCGAACUCACCAGAUAAGAGCCUUCGUGAAGCAAGUACACAGCAAGAAAGUUCGAAAUCGACCAUAAUGGCAACGACAGUAUCGAAAUCCGCCACCUCCAGUACAACCCCAUCGCAUUCUUAA